UUAUUGGGCCUAAACCCGUAUGUAUGAACCGAUUUGAUUUGAUAUUCCACCAAAUUCUGUCUUCUUCAGCGCACACACCACAUUCCUCAUCAAUGGCGGCUUCUUCUUCUUCUUCUUUACAAUUUACUGCAACAUCUUUCAAGCAAUUCCAUUCAAAACAAAUACCCAAACAUGGCACUAAAUGGGGUACUAUUCGCUGUUCCGCUGCCUCACCCACCAAAAGCUACAACAUCACUCUUCUUCCCGGCGAUGGUAUUGGCCCUGAAGUUAUUUCUGUUGCCAAAAAUGCCAUCCAACUAGUCGCAUCCAUUGAAGGAUUUGAAGUUGCAUUCGAAGAGAUGCCUAUGGGAGGGGCUGCAUUGGAUGCUGUAGGAGUGCCAUUGCCUGAUGAGACACUUAAUUCUGCAAAGCAAUCUGAUGCUACUCUUCUUGGAGCAAUUGGAGGAUAUAAAUGGGACAACAAUGAGAAGCGUUUGAAGCCUGAGACUGGAUUGCUUCAACUUCGAGAAGGUUUGCAGGUCUUUGCUAACUUGAGACCAGCCACUGUUUUACCACAGUUAGUAGAUGCUUCAACUUUGAAGAAAGAAGUUGCUGAGGGUGUAGACCUAAUGGUUGUUAGGGAACUUACAGGAGGUAUUUAUUUUGGCAAACCAAGAGGUUUCAGCACUAAUGAAAAUGGUCAGGAAAUAGGUUUCAACACUGAAGUGUAUGCAGCAUAUGAGAUCGACAGAAUUGCUCGUAUUGCAUUUGAAACUGCCAGGAAGCGUCGAGGAAAACUAUGUAGCGUGGAUAAAGCAAAUGUUUUGGAGGCCUCUAUGCUUUGGAGGAAGAGAGUUACAGCAUUAGCCUCAGAGUAUCCUGAUGUAGAGCUCUCUCACAUGUAUGUUGAUAAUGCAGCCAUGCAACUUGUCCGCAACCCAAAACAGUUUGAUACAAUUGUGACAAACAACAUAUUUGGUGAUAUCCUGUCAGAUGAAGCAUCAAUGAUUACAGGAAGCAUCGGGAUGCUUCCUUCUGCCAGUCUUGGUGCAACGGGACCUGGAUUAUUUGAACCUAUACAUGGUUCUGCUCCUGAUAUUGCUGGGCAGGAUAAAGCAAACCCUUUGGCAACAAUGCUCAGUGCUGCUAUGCUUCUGAAGUAUGGCCUAGGUGAGGAAAAGGCUGCUCAGAGAAUUGAAGCAGCUGUUUUAGACACCUUAAAUCGAGGAUUCCGUACUGGUGACAUUCACUCAGCAGGACAUAAAUUGGUUGGGUGCAAGGAAAUGGGUGAAGAAGUACUCAAGUCUAUUGACAGCAAAACUCCUGCUGCUGUUUAAAUUUAUUAAGAGGAGACUUCCUUGAGACCUUAGCAAAUGAUCAUUUUGGCAGAUGCAUUUGCAGUCAGUAGAAUCUUGCCAUUUAUAUAUUUGUUUGAAGGAUUCAAAAUUGCUGAGUGUUGUAUCGUAGCAUAAACGUCUCUAUUCUUUUCUCUAUGUUUUUGAGACAUUAUCAUGUUGUAACAUGAACUGAACCUCGGAGCAACAAUAAAGUUGUCGACCUACAGGUCACGGGUACAAGUCGUGGAAUUAGCCAGUGAUACUUGCAUUAGGAUAGACUGCCUACAUUGCAUUCCCUUGGACCCUGUGUGAACUCGAGGUGUUUUGUGCAACAGAUUGUUCUUUUUAUCGUGUUCUAACAUGGAAGGCAAUGAAAAUAAAAAUUUUAACUUUGAAAAACUGGAAUGGAACAACUGUUGACCAAUAUUAGUGCUGUCGUUGCUAUAUUUUCUCCAUCUUUGACCAAAUUUACUAGAAAUCAUUUCUGCAAUUUCACACGUUUACAUAUUUUUCUUUAUUAUUAUGUGUGUUACGAAAUAGAUUUAUAUGUAAACUAUAUACUUAUGUAAUUUUAAUAUGUUUGUAUUUGUUCCCCUCA